AUUUUUACAGUAUCAGGGCCCUGAUCCUUGGAGAACGAAAGAUAUGGAUCAAGACUAAGGUCCUGGAGGAGAAAGUUGCAGCUUGUAAAGGGCUGUAUUUACUUGCUGAUGAGUUGAAGGAAGGACUUUCUGUAUGGAUCGAAGAGGUUGCUCAGACUUUAGUUCCAUUUCUCAACUUUCAACUCAACGAAGAGAUUCGAAGAGUUGCUGCUUCAGGUAUUUACACAUCAAUGUUCCUUGACAAAGAAGGCAUAAUUCUGCAAGUUAAAACUAAUGCUCAGAAUAGAUUGCAGAUUUCCUGACAGCCUGCACACCUUGGAGUAAAACUGUCACAACUUCCUCUAGGAAACUCCGAUACCGCACACACCAUUUGAAGCAUGAGAACCUAGAUACGUGUAGCUUUCUAGUCAUAUAUGGAUUGCAUAGUGUUUUGCUUAGAAUUAAUACUGUUUUUCCUUUGAAGUUAAAUUCAAAAUCUGAGCUUGUUAUGAGAGUUUUCAGCUGUCCUAAACCUUGUUAAGCACCAUUUAUCUCAUCUUAAUUUCUCAAUGUAAAUUUUUUAUUUAUCAGGAAUGCUCCUGCAUCACUGACAGUAACAAUUUAAUUUUUUUGUGCUUCCACACUAGCCAUGCCAGUGCUAUUAAAAUCAUCUAAAGAAGCAAAACAAAAAGGGAAUCUUGAAUUGUCUGAUGAAUCUCCUUUCGAGAAGUUAUGUUCUGAUGUGUUACCAGCUUUGGUAAAAGCACUAAGUAAGGAAUCCUUGCCCGAAAUUGCUGCAAUAAUUUUGGACUCAUUGGAGGAAUGCAUGAAGAUGUCUGGACCUGUUCUAGAUGAAGACCAGACUGACUUGUUCUUGAAGAAGAUAAUGAAUGUUUUGAAUUCAAGAAGCAAAGUAGGGGACAUUGAUGUAAUAAAGCAGACGUUACAAGAAGAACAAAAAGUUUAUGACAAAGCCGUUGAUUGUUUGGCCACUUUCAUCAGAAUACAAAAGUCUUCUUUCUCACCAUUCCUUGGCAAGCUUUUGCCUUGCAUACAACUUAUGUGGGAAAAGGAUAAAAUAGCUAAAGAGCGAAGAACUGGCUUGCGCAUAUUUUGUGAUGUUGCGAAGCAAUUCCCAGAAGAAGCAUUCAGGCAGUACAAUAUUUGUCUUCUGUUUCUGUUUGAGGCAUGCAAGGAUGAGAACCCCGAAGUUCUAGAGGUGGCUGUGCAGGCAAUUGGGAUAUUUGCUGAGUUUGGUGGGUCUGCAUUCAAGUCUCUUCUUAAAGGGGCUUUUUAUGCUUUGAAAGCGGUUAUAGACCAUCCUAAGGCGUUGCAGAUAGAAUAUGUAAUGGCCCAUGAUGCUGCUGUUUCUGCUCUAGGAAAAUUUUUGCAGUUCCAUCGUGAAAAACUCAAUGCGGCACAGUUUUUAAAGACAUGGUUAAGACAUUUGCCGCUGGAAAAUAAUCUAAACGAGGCCAAAGUUGCGCAUCAUCAGCUUUGUUCACUAGUUGAAGUGUCAGAUGUGGAACUUCUUGGUCCCAAAAAGAAAAAUCUUCACAAGAUUGUUACUGUUUAUGCCGAGAUCCUGUGGGCAGGUAAGAAGUUAGCAACUGAGGAAACUGUAAGCCAAAUGAUCAAGCAAUUGGAACUUUACAGGAGAAGGUCAAUCCUCUCUACCUGGCGAUCCUUCAUGUUAUCCAUGGAAAACCAUCUGCGAAGGAAGUUGGAAUCAAAAUUAUCAUCCUAGAUUGUUAUUUCUAGUCGUCAAUGUUGUCUGUCCCACUUCGAAACCUUGGUGCUAAUCAGCAAGUUUUCUCAUUGCAGAAUGUAUAUGAACUAUUCUUAUGUGCAUUCACCCUU